AUGAGUGACUAGGAUUCUGGUUCAAACUUUCCAUAGCCUCUUUAAAUCAAAAAUCAAACAGAAAUUGUCGAUCGAACCUAUAGUGAAAUCCUUAUGGAGUAAAUUGUAAAUGAUGAUGACUUCUUGUAUCAAUCCAUGAUCGAUGAUGAUCAAUACUCUAGACCCAAGGUCAUUCCUACAAUAGCUAAUCAAACCAUUAUAUACAGAAAUACAAUAGAAAUGAAGAGAUAACAACCAAAUAUAUUUUAAAGAUGCUUUGGAGGUAAGAAAUCCUCCAAUAAGGUAACAAUGGCUGAGAUCAUUGAUCUUAGAUAAAAAGAAUUAUUUAAUGAUUAUGUAUAUGAGACUGAGAAGGAUGGAUUCUUAAAAGAUGUCUAAAAGUACAUUCAUAAAGUUAAAGUUCUUGAACCAGACUCUUAAUUUUACAUAUUUUGGUAGGUGUUAAAUAGUAUUUUAGUGAUUCUAUUUUUCUUUUAAAUUCCUUUCAUUUUUGCUUAUUAACCCCUUAUAUAAAAAAAUAAAUCAAUUGAUUAUUAGUUUUAUGAAACAUUUGCCCUUAAUUUUGCAAUUGCUAUAUUUGUUAUUGACAUAGCUCUAACUUUCAAUAUUGCUUAUUAUAAAUAAGGAUAUUUAGUAAGUGGUAGAAAACAAAUAGCUAUAAAUUAUAUCAAAACAUAUCUAAUUUUAGAUUUGAUACCUUUAUUUUGUUUAAUAGAAUUUCGAAUAUUUCUUCAUUAAAAAAAUCAGUAAUUUGGAAUUGAAAUAUUUUUAUUUAUUCUUAAGAUUUAUGAAGUCUUUAAAACUAGUAACAUGAUAUAAGAAUAUUUACAAUUAGAACCUUCAAAAUUGGCAAAAUAUAGAUUAUUAACGGUUAUGUUGACUAUCACAUGGUUAUGUCAUUUAUUUGCAUGUGUAUUCUUUUUUGUUGGAAGAAGGGAACUUAAUAAAGGAAAAAAAAGUGUAUCUUGGUUAAAUAAAAGUGAUUUAAUAACAAUGCAUGGUGGAUAUAAAAAAUUAUAAGAACACAUAUUUGAAUUACAUUUAUAUUCAUUUUAUUGGGCAGUUACUACUAUGAUAUCAGUUGGAUAUGGAGAUGUGACUCCAAAAAAUGCUUGGGAAGUUGUUGUUACAGUAGUGACAUAAUUUAUCUCUUGUAUUGUUUUUGCUUAUUCUGUUAAUGCAAUUUGGGAAAUGAUUAAUUAAUAGAAUGAAAAUAAACAGAAAUUUCAGUAUUUCUUAAAACAUUAUUUAUUCUAGAAAAUAUGUUAAUGCAAUUGAAAGAUUUAUGAGAGAACACAAUGUGGAUAGAAAAUUAAAAGCUAGAAUAGAAGCCUACUUUUAUCAUCUAUGGGAAUCAGAAAAAGCAAGAGAUCAUGAAUUAGAAUAAGCCAUGAUAUUAAAAUUAGCUCCUGCUCUUAAAGAAGAAUUAAUUUAUUAAACUUUAGGUAAGAUGCUCAAUCAUAAUCAAUUCUUCAGUUAUUUCUAGUAAGAUCUAUUAAUUGAAUUAGCAUAAGAUAUUUAAUAAUAAUACUAUUCUUAAGAAGAAGUUAUAUUUUAAGAGAGAGAAGAAAUAGAUGAUUUUCCUGUCUUCUUUUUAACAAAGGGUUCUGUAGAAAUAUAUUUAGAUAGUGAAAAGCGAAUUAAAUUACAUAUUAUGAAAUAAGGAAUCUUUGGAAUAGUAGCUUUUAUUACUGGUUAUAGGAGAACUGCUUCAGCUCGUUGUUUAACAUAUUCAGUUAUAUAUAAAUUAUCUAGAAUUCAAUUUUUAAAAAGAAUAGAGAAAUAUUCAAUAGAAAAAUAGAAAUUCUUUGAAAUCAGACAUCAAGUUCUAUUUAAUAAUAAUUAUGUUAAAUAUUAAUUAAAAUGCUAUAUUUGUGAAAGUAAGAAACAUUUAGCUAUUAAUUGUAAAAAGACAUUGUAUAUACCUGAAAAAAUGCCAAUUAUUUUAGAGACUUACCAUUUAUAAAAUUCAAGAGAUUCAAUCUAUUAAAGAAGAGUAGUUAAAUAAUAGUUUAAAGCUCUGUCUCAUAUAAGGGAAGUUUAAUUUAAUGCUGUUGCUAUUAAAAAGUACUUCUAAAAUAUUACAUUUACUUAAAAUUCAAGUGAUGAAGAUAUAGAAUAUAGUUCAGAUGUAGAUGAUUAUGAAGAGGAAAUGGAGGAUAUUAAAAAGAUAGUUGAAUAAGAGAAAGAAAAGGCAUAAUUAAGAAGAAGAGGAUAAUGGAUUGCUGAUGAUGAUUAUGAAAUGAAGAUUGAUGAAAGUAAGGAUAAUCAUAGUAUAGAAUUAUCAGAUGGAUUUAAAAAGUCUUAACAUUUAAUUAAACAUUCUGAUGAGGAAAUUAAAAAAAAAUCAAAUGUAAAUAAAAAAAAGAAAUUUUAAAGUUUUUUAAAAUUAGAAAAAUUUAGAAAUGUUAGAACAUCAUCUAUGUCUAGUCUAACACCAAUUUAAGAAUAAGUAAAGAAGCCUUUUCCUGUUAAAAAAGAUAAAGGUAUGAGUGCUUUAUUACCAAAUAAUUUAUUAGCACAAAGGAAAAAGAGUAAAUUAUUAUUAUAAAAUGAAAUUCAAAAUUUUGAUAAGUCUUAAUAAAUUCAUUAAUAAAAUGAUAAAUUGGACAAAGUAUAAUCACCUGAUAGAAAUAUUUAUACUGAAUCAAAAAAGUCUGAACUCCUUAGAAAAAUGAAAUUUCUUUAAAUAGCUUAGCCUAAAAAUAAAGAAAUAUAAUCUAUAAUAGAUGAACUUAAGUAAUCUAUAAAUUUAUUAUUAUAGAAAUUAUAUUUAAAAUAGUUAGAAUUUAUAAGGUAGUAAUUCUAAAGAUAUUGGUUCUUCAUUAAAGGUUGAAUAGAUCAAUAAUAAUAAUAAUUUUUAAUAAAUGGAAACUCAUUCUGAUGUUGAUAGCUAAUUUAGUAUUGAUCAUAUGGCUAAUUUUGAUGCUUACUUUUAAGAAGAAAAUCCAGAAAAAGUGAUAAAGAAAUAUAAAAAAUAAACUAAAGAUAAACUUAAAUAAAGAAGAACUACAAUGAUGAGACAAUUUGUUUGA